GGUAAAGCUGCACGGGCUGCAGCGGAGUGGUUGGACAAUGGGUGGACACGCGGUUGCUGUGGCAGGGAUCCCGGUGGAGAUUGCGCCUAACUGCCAGAACAAGUACAGCCCGAUGCAGAAUACAUCAUCCACCCGACUCCGGUCACCGGUACCGUGGCCGACCGUUCUCGAAGAUAUCUGGAGCUGGAAUUUAGCCACUGAGUUAGUUUGUUGACCGCAUGGUAUUCUUACUGUCGCAUACCGCACAACACCCAAUCCCACCAAGAAUCCUGAUCGAAAUUUAAACCGAACGCCAAUCCCGGGAUCUAUAUACAAUCCAGUGGGCGGACUCUAGCCCUAGCCGCUAGAAUGAAGGUAUUUGGGUGGAUCUCGGUCGCAUUCUUCGCUUCGACUGUGUUAUCGAUAGAGACGUUGCCAUUUUCUCCUCCGCAAUCCGCCGAAGCAAACAAAAGGGCAUAUGAAGUCUUACGUAUAUUAAAGCGGGCUGACAGCUGCCCGGCUGGGUAUGACCCAUGCUCCAAUAUGGGUAGAUCCGACGUCUGCUGCAGACAAGGUUCCGUCUGCUCUCGUGACGCCGCCGACAAUAUUGCCUGCUGUCCGACUGGAGCGAAAUGUACAGGCUCACUUAGCGGAGACUUCACCUCUGCCUCGACCAGCUUCAGGUUCCCAGGAACCGCAACUGCUUCUAUGACCACCACGGGACCCAAUGAUGCUACCAUUACUGGCUCGACGAUGCCAGGCGCUUAUCCGUUCGUCUAUGUCCCGACGACGUUCCCUAACGCCGGUGUAUGCUCCUCAUACUACUCCUUGUGUCAAAGUGAGUACACUGGUUGUCUUUCGAGUCUAGGAGGAGGCUAUGCAGUCACGGUGGCAGCUGAGGGUGGAGGUGUAACCAGAGCUGGCGGAGGGGCAGCUGGGGCAGUCUCUACCUGUUCUAGCUUGAGUAUGGAUGCCUGCCAUGGCCUCAAUCUGGGUUACUGCGACACGUAUGCGACUGGAACUGGAGACAUGAACAGGGCACCCCCGGGACGGACCUCUAGUCUGGAAGAUCUCGUCUUUGGCAUGGUAAUUGGCGUGGCCGGUAUGUUUAUUUGAUUAGCGUUGAUGCUUUUACGUUUCUUCAUGGUGGAUAUGCGAUAUGAAAAUAUUUUUUUUGUUCUUUCUCUUUUACCUACAUGUUACAACAGAUUGAUCUCCUGGAAGUUGAACGAAUGGGGCGUCUUUCACGCACAUAUUACAUGAAAGCUUAUGGCUGGACUUUUACUUGGUUUGACCUCGUAUGUAUGCUUUUCUUUUGGAGAGGAUGGAGGAUGAUUGAACGAUGUUAUGGUUCAGAGUUAUGCUAAGGUGUAAAUCUACUGUUCUGGGGCGUUUACAUAUGUACAUAUCUAGGAUAAGGGGACAUAAGAUCCCAACAUUACUGUCUGAACCAUAUAACCCAGGGUAU